UCUUGAGGGGCAAAUCGGGAACAAGUCAGCAGCAGUCAUUGGAGCCACAGGGAAGGAGGAGGUACGGCCAUUCUUGCAACCCCUAGAAUUGAGCUUUGAAGAUAAGAUCUUGACCCAUGAAUUCUUAUACAUGCCAGACUGCCCAACUCCGCUCUUAGGGCGCGAUCUACUGGCAGCACUGGAGGCAGUAAUUACUUUUGAGAAUGGUGAACUCGUAAUGAAAAUUCCGGAGUCUAAGACAGGAAAGAUUUUGAUGAUAAAAGAAAAACCAAUUUCUAAUAUUCCUAAAGAAGUAGAAGAUGCAGUAAUUCCCUCUGUCUGGGAAACAGAUGUACCUGGAAAAUCUAAAUUGGCACAACCGGUACAUGUAGAGUUAAAAGAAGGAGCAAAGGCUGUACGAAUUAAACAAUACCCUAUAAAACCAGAAGCACGACAGGGAAUAGCAAAGACCAUUGAUAAAUUUUUAAAAUAUCGAAUUCUAGAGGAAUGUAAAUCGGAAUACAACACCCCAAUUUUCCCAGUGAAGAAACCCAAUGGUGAGUAUAGACUUGUACAGGAUUUAAGAGGUAUAAAUGAAAUAACAAAAGACAUUCAUCCAGUGGUUGCCAAUCCCUAUACAUUGUUAGCAUCCGUAAAAGAGAUAUAUAAAUGGUUUACUGUAAUUGACUUAAAAGAUGCUUUCUUCUGUAUACCCCUUGACCAAGAAAGUAGGAAACUAUUUGCCUUUGAGUGGGAGCAUCCAGAAAGUGGAAGAAAAACUCAGCUCACCUGGACUCGAUUACCGAUGGGGUACAAGGGGUCCCCCACUCUCUUUGGAAGUCAACUGGCAAAAGAACUGGAAAUCUGGACCAGAGAAGGGCAAGUACCAAGAGACCAAUAUUUAUUACUCCAGUAUGUAGAUGACAUUUUGAUUGCAACAGAGGAAGAAAUGACCUGCAUAAAGGUAACCAUUGAGAUCUUAAAUUCACUAGGAAUGGGAGGGUAUAAGGUAUCCAGAGAAAAAGCACAAAUUGCCCAACAGACUGUGAUUUACCUGGGAUGUGAAAUCUCACAAGGGCAGAGAAAACUGGGUACUAAUCGUAUUCAAGCUAUCUGUGCUAUUCCAGAGCCUCAGAAUCUACACGAGCUGCGGAUCUUCCUCGGAAUGACAGGGUGGUGUCGCCUGUGGAUCAUGGACUAUGGACUGAUUGCAAAACCCUUGUACGAGGCUCAGAAGACGCAGCCGUUCACCUGGGGCAAACCACAGAAAGAGGCCUUCCAGAAAUUAAAGGAAGCACUGACAACUGCUCCUGCUUUGGGGUUACCUGAUCUGUCUAAAGACUUUCAGCUGUACGUGCAUGAAAGGCAGCGACUGGCACUGGGAGUCCUGACCCAACGACUGGGAAGCUGGAAAAGGCCGGUGGGUUACUUUUCCAAACAACUCGACAACGUAAGUGCCGGAUGGCCUUCAUGUCUGCGGGCAGUGGCAGCUACCGUGCUGCUGAUACAGGAAGCCAGGAAGCUCACAAUGGGAAGACACAUAGAUGUCUAUGUGCCACACAUGGUAACUACAGUCCUGGAACAAAAGGGGGUCCAUUGGCUCUCUCCAAGCCGGAUGAUGAAGUUUCAGGUAACCCUGACUGAGCAGGAUGAUGUUGCACUAAAAACAACUAACCUCUUGAAUCCAGCUCUGUUUCUAGGUGCCACAGCUGAGGAAGGUCCAUUAGAGCAUGACUGUCUAGAAGUCAUCGAGCACACUUAUUCAGCAAGAACAGAUCUGAAGGAUGUCCCCCUGGAGCAACCAGAGUGGGAACUCUUUACAGAUGGAAGCAGCUUCAUGGAGAACGGAGCCAGAUACGCGGGAUAUGCGGUAACUACAAUUGAUGUGGUAAUAGAGGCAAAAUCACUACCACCUAACACGUCUGCACAAAGGGCAGAACUAAUCGCAUUAACCAGAGCACUCGAGCUGAGUGAAGGGAAGACAGUGAAUAUUUGGACUGAUUCCAAAUAUGCCUUUGGAGUAGUGCAUGUACACGGAGCUUUAUGGAAAGAAAGAGGACUGCUGUCCUCCCGAGGGACAAAUAUUAAACAUCAAGAUGCAGUCCUACAAUUGAUAGAUGCAGUACAAAAACCUGAACAAGUAGCAAUCAUGCACUGCAAGGCACAUCAAUCAGGCAACUCCAAAAUUUGUGAAGGAAAUCGAAAAGCAGAUUGGGCAGCCCGUCAGGUAGCGCGAGAGGUGCAGAAAAAAAUGGCGUUGAUACCAUCAAGACUUAAUAUCUCUCAAUUUAAUUUGCCUCCGAAGCCAAACUAUACAAUCGAAGAUGACAGACUAGCACAACUGCUGAAGGCACAGAAGAACGCAGAAGGGUGGUAUGUAACCGCACAAGGGCAAAUAGUGGUACCUCCUUUGGUAAUGAGAGAAAUUUUACAGGUAAAACAUAAUGAGUGUCACUGGGGUGCAGAGGCGUUGGUAAAGUGGUUAAGACAAUACCUAAUCUCAGUACGGAUGCAAACAAUGGCCAAGUCAGUAAUGUCUAAAUGUGAAAUCUGUCUGAAAAACAAUCCCGUAGCUAGACGACAGGCACAGUUAGGCAGAAUUCGGAUAGGAAUAGAACCAGGAGACUAUUGGCAAGUGGAUUUUGCAGAACUGCCAAAAACUCGGGGAUACAAAUACCUGUUAGUAGGGGUUGACACGUUUUCUGGAUGGCCAGAAGCCCUUCCCUGUCGCACAAACCAAGCAAAGGAAACAGUUAAGUGGUUAUUACAGGAGAUCAUUCCCAGGUUUGGGGUGCCCCUAGGGAUAUCAUCAGACAGAGGCCCACACUUCAUAGCCACGGUGGUACAAGAGGUAAGCAAGUUAUUGGGAUUAUCUUGGGACCUCCACACACCGUGGAGACCCCAGUCAAGUGGGCAAGUAGAAAGAAUGAACCAGACACUGAAGAGGCAGAUCAGUAAAAUAUGCCAGGAAGCCAAACUGCAGUGGCCACAGGCUUUGCCGAUCGCAUUGCUGAAGGUUCAGAUAAAGCCUAGGAGUGGGAUGUCAGUUAGUCCUUAUGAAAUAUUGUAUGGGAAACCAUAUGAAUCUCCUAACCCCAAUCCAAAUGUUCAUGUCACAGGGAAACAAGAUGUGUAUAAUUAUGUUCUGUCCCUCGGGAAAACUCUAGCUCGGCUCCGAAGUGUUCUCGUGUGGAACAGACCACUGGCCCUGGAGAAUCCAGUCCACAAUAUCGAACCAGGAGAUGAGGUAUACAUCAAAACCUGGAACGAAGAACCACUAAAAGAGAAGUGGACUGGUCCCCAUCAGGUACUGCUAACCACCUUUACAGCAGUCAAAGUGGCUGGAGUGGAACCCUGGAUACACUACACACGUGUGAAGAAGGUCCCUCGUGGAGUCCAGUCGUGGGCUGUAGAAACUUUUGGACCAACAAAGCUGAGGCUGAAACGUCUGUAACUGUUCAAAUGGUAUUGGUAACUGUGCUCAUGCUCUUCCUGUGGGUAAUGUUAAUUUCAUGGAUACUAAUGUCACCAGCAGGGAUUGCUGUUACUUUGGGAUAUGGGAUACAGAAGGGUCAACUAACAACUCUUCAUUCUAGAAUGAAGAGAGAGAUACAGGCAAAAACACAAGUAAUAGAAAUUUCUAAUGAAAUUCGGGCUGAGAAUGUAAUGAUUGGAUUGGUCAGAGACUUUGCCAAAAUGCAUAAUACCAGCAGAAUAACGGCCUGCCUGCCAAUACCAAAGGCAGCAGGGGACCCAGUAAGCUGGGGAAUAAUAACAUCAAAAUUACCUGAAAUAGGAGGGAACAAAACAAUUAACUGUAAAAAAGUACCAGAGUCAAGGGUGGUGGUCAGAGAAUACUGGAAGAUAACAGAGGAUUCCUAUAUGCAACCCAUGAGAAAGUCAGAGUGCAUUCUUAGUAAUGGCAAAUUGGGACAAAUCAUAGAGUGGUGGGUUAAGGACCAAGACCUUGCGAAAUGGCAAUGUUGGUUUCUACGCUAUCAAAAGAUCAGGGACAACGCUACAGAAAGUGUUGUGGUGUGGAAAUGUGAAGAGAAGGAUUGGAAAGGACUGGAACCUUGGGACAGUGCAUGGUCUGUGAGCAUCCUCCAGAAAUUCCAAUAUAUGGAAAGCACACCCUGGUGCAUUAAAUGGAAAGGCUCCGAAAAUGAGACAGAUCCCACAGUGACAAAUACUGAUACUAGCAGUCAGAAAGAGGCAAAUAAGGUAAGUUGGUGGGUAUGUAAGAAAAUUUAUGAUUGCACCUCUGACAAUCUAGAAAUGAAACAGUGGUCACCAUUGGCAAUAGCCUUACGAAUUGGUUGUGCCUGCAGGAAAAUUAAACACAAACAAGGCAAAAUAGAUUCUAAGAUUAUAGUAGGAUGUAGCAGGAGUACAAUUCGAAGUCCAGGACCAUUUGUAUGGGCAAUGAGUGAUGGCACAUGGACAACACACUUGCCUAUGGACGGGGAGGUAAGAGAAAUCACCCUGGGCCUUCCCACUUUAUGUCCAAUUUGGAAGAAAUCCCCAUUUAACAGGAGCAGUGAAGCCUUGCAAAUAAAAGCAAAGCGAGACGUCUCAGAAGACAAGAA